AUGGACUUAAUUCAAAAGAUGGAACAAUAUAAACUCUUUCGUCAUUCAUUCGAUGAUCCAGCAGAGUUUUGUGCUCAAAUUAUUGCAACCCCGAACAAAAUAUCUAAACUAAUUGGCUUAGAUAUUUUCAGUGCAGGAUAUAGCUCACGAAAUUUCAACACAAUUUUUACUUUAUUUGUGGCUAUAUUUUAUUUGUAUCUAACCUUCACAUCAGUAUACAAUAUGCGCCAUGAUGUGGAAAAUGUCAUCAACUGCUUGGUGACUUUGGGUGUAGCAAUACAGUGCGUGUGGAAGCUUUUUACUUUUGCAAUCUAUCGGAAGAAGCUUAUUUGGAUGCACGAGUACAAUAUUUCUUUGUUUAAGGAGGAAUGCAAUCCAAGAACGAGGAAUAUGUUGAUGCGGAAUAUUUUCGUAUUGAGUGCCGUGCUGAAAGUUAUGUUGAUAAGUUAUGCUUUUACUAGUUUCUCGUUAGAUUUCGCACCACUUUUAUACUUAGCGAUGACUGGAGCAAAGCUGCUUCCCUUCGGGUUUUUUAUCCCUUACCUAAACCAAAACAGCUGGAGUGGAUAUAUUAUCAACUACGUGGUGCACGUUAUACUGACAGUCUACGUUUCUUCUGGAGAUAUGGGUCUAGACUGCAUCUAUAUGACGAUUUUGAUGAAUUCUUUUACGCAGAUCGAUUUAUUGGUAAUAUCUCUGCACGAAAUGAACGAAAUGAUUGAGCAGGAUUGCGAUAAUAUAAAACCGGUUUUCGAGAAAAUCGUUAGAAGACAUCAGGAACAUUUACAAUACUUACGAACAGUGGAGAACGUAUUCCGAUUUUUCUACUUUGUUACGUUUGUCUCGUUGUCAUCGGUCUUGGUAACGUCUCUCUUCGCUGUGGUCAUGCUUUCGUGGUAUCAAGGAUACGUAUUUAUUGCGUUUGUUAGCUACCAAAUGUUCUUCGGAUGUUUUCUGGGAACUAUGUUGGAACUGAAGAGUGAGCAACUUCAACGUGAAAUCUACAACAUUUUAUGGUAUAAGUUGGAAACUGAACAACAAAUGCCGUUACGAUUCAUGCUUAUGAGUGCCCAGGAAUCUGUUACUCUGACCGUUAUUUUUGGUAAACUUAACAUACCAACUUUUCUUCAGGUAUACAAAACAGUGUAUAGUAUUUUUACCAUGUUGCAAACCGUGAAAGUUGAGUAGAUGCGCAUUGGGUAAGCAAAAAUAGAGAAUUUGUUAAAAACAAGAUCACAUAAGAGAGACCCUUAUCAAUUAUUG